AUGCAAACAGAGUUACCAAGGGGUUGUAAGGUCCCUAAAUUCACAACACUUUCAGGAGAUACCAGUGAGUCCACUGACGAACACAUAGCCAGGUGUUUUACAGUGGUACCUGAGCAUGAAUUAGUUGAAAUGUCUGCAGGUAGGCUAGACUACUAUAUCAUAAAGAAAUUAGACACUCAGUAUCUAAGAGAUAUGACUCAAUUGGCAGUUAGGGUUCGACAGGUCGAACUCUUAAAGGCUAAAAGAGCAAGGGCAAGUAAAAAUUACAAGAAAGAGAGGGUGGCCUAUGUCAAAGCCGAAGAAGAAGAAGAACCAGAGGUCUUCAGCGAUCCUUAUGGGUUCGAAGAACUUGAAAUAAAUUUGGCAGAAUUAAAAGAGGCACCACCAUACUCUUGUAAGGUUCUUACUCCCUCCAAUGAGAAGAACCUUGUCGAAAUAGAAAAGAAUGUUAAGUUCCCUAAGAAAACUUACACAUUUGAUGAUGUUAUUCAAAAUGCUAUCAAGGAGGGAAGGAUAAAGUUUGGCGAAAAAGCCAAGAGUCACAUGAAGUUCGACACUGAUCCCCUCCACGUUGCAGAGACCAAUUGUGUUGAACCUGUUGAUGACAAUAUGGUGGACAUUGCUGGGUUUAAAGAAGAUGAUGAAGGAUAG